UCGCGAGCUCCGCGGAGCCGCCGGCGCGCGGCUCCUCAUGCCCAAGCGGCGCGCGGAGCCGUUGAUGUGUCACGUGCCUGUCAAGCGGCUCCUGCGCGUGCCGCCGCUGCCGCGCGCGGCCGAGCGGCGGCCUCGGAGCGAACCGGCGCGCGCCGGCCCGGCCGCCCCGAAGCGGCCGCUGGAAGAGGCGGAGGCGCCGCCGGGAAAGCGGCCCGGGCCCAGCGCCACCCGUGCGCCGCCGGGGGAUGGGGAGGGCGGGUGGCGGCGGCGCGGCGAGCCCGCGGUGCCCCAGGACGAGCGGGCGGCGGAAGGAUGCGCCGGGGGCAGGGGCAAAGAGCGGACCUCCGCCGCCGCCGAGCAAGAAGAAUUCUGUCCGUAUAACUCGUUCCUGUAUUGGAGAGCACCACUGCCUACUAUUGAUUUGUCUGAUAUUCAGAACCUAGUUGGGGAGACUCCAUCAAACACUAGAACUCCUUCGAAGACUGAUACCACAGAGACUGAAAUGGAAACCUGAUCAGUUGUUUCAUAGUUGUACAUUUACUUGCUGGAAACUUGUUUCCAGUGGGAUUCAGGUUUUGUUACUUGGCUGAAUAAUAAGCAUGCUUAUGCCAUCUUGAAGAAACUGUUGUGGCAGUCUGCAAAAGCAAGUCUGAGUUGCCUAAGUGAAUGGGAUAAUCGGUAUUGGGUACUUUAUAGUAAGCUCUCUGGAGGUGUGCAGUAUGGAGGAGGCUAUGAUGCCUAACGAGAAUACUUGAAAACAUGGAAGAAGACUAAAAGAAGAAUACAGAAAAUAAGAACUUAAGGUGCAAUUAAAAAAAACAGGUGGAUAUGUUACAUAUCGAAGGGAAAUGGAAAAUCAUUUUGUCUGUCCUAAACAAAAAGAUGUAACUGUGGUACCUGAAAGUGAAAUAUUUAACAUGUGAAUUUAUCAUAAAGCACAUAAUCUGUAGUGAUUUUUAAUGUGAUUUUUUUCUGUGUAAUAGCUAAACCAAAAAUUAAGAGUCUGUCAAGACCAGACAAAACAUUCCCUUUUCUAUGCAAACUAAAAAUUUGUGUGGCAGAGAGGGGGAAUGAAAAGGGGAUAUUUUCUUUUGUAAGCUGCCAUUGUUCUGAAAGUUUUUCACAUUCUCAUUGUGGAAAAGUUUUUUCCCUUUCUUUUUUUCACAUUACACAUAAUAGUUGACACCCAACUUUUAGGGUUUCGGUCCAUUCUCAGACUGAUAUUCUUAGUCUUUGUGACAUUAGCUCUGAACCAGUUGGUAGCGUCUAAACAGCAGGUUUGUGCAGAUGUGUCAAAAAAAGUUAAUGCAAUAUUAAAUUACCGCAUAUAGUUUUUCAGACUGUACUGACUGAGGUGUAGUUUUUGCAGAGACUAUGAAUUUUUGCAGAAAUUUUUUACCAAAGUUCAUUGAAUUAGUGUUUUUUUGCUGUGAAAUACAAACUUAAUGCUUGUGAUUUGCAGUUUAUUUACAAAUUGAAGUAUAAUUAGAAAUAAUAGACUGAAGUUUUAUGGGAAGACUGUUACAUUUUGCAAAUAUGAAUUGUCUUUAAGGAUAGAAAACAUUGUAUUUUUCUGGAAUCAUCAUUAAAGAAGGCAACUUUUGAAUUUCAUUUUUUUUAAUAAUGUAUUUGCUAAAGGACAAUAAAGUUUUACCUGCAUGUAUUUGAAAACUUUGGGACU